ACCGAACCGUUACCAAACCGAAAAAUUGGGUACCCGAACCAUUAAAAGAAAACGGGACGGGUAAUUGAACCCUUAAGAAUUUAACGGGACGGGUUGCGGGUACCCGUUAACGCUUUUUCGGGUACCCGAAUUUCCCGAAAAUCCUUUUUUUUUUAGAAAAAAAAAAAAAAAAAAAACAGAAAAUCAAUGAAACAAGAAAGUGAAAAACCCUAUUCUUUGUUCUUUCUCAUUUUUCAGUCAGACAAUCACUCACUCAGCCUCCAUCCCCCUCUCUCUCCUCCUCUUCUCUAAUCUCUCGUUUUCUGAUCUCCAUUCUCCAAGUCUAUUCUUUGCCAAUGUUACCUCAGAUCCUUGGUUCAAUUUAGGGUUCUUCGAACUUUGGGGCCUUUUCACGUUUACGCUGCGUCGCUUAACCCCUUCAUCUCCUCCAUUGAAGCGUACUUCGACUUCUCCAUCGAAGCGGCUUCUGAGGUUUCACUCCUCCGUCGAAGACUCGAAGCAACUAUUGAGGAGUGUAUGGAAUCUGGAAGUAGUGGGGAUAUGGAAGACUCAUCGGCUACAAGUCAAGCUCCCCCAAUUCCAAGUCCUCCUCCCGAGCCUUGGGAGUAUGACCCUUGUCCAAUGACGGAAAAUAAUGACCCCUUUGAGCAGCAAAAUCAAUCAAACCAACCUUCUAGAGCUGCUGAUGCUGCUGCCCCCUUAAGUGAAACUUCAAAAAAAAACUAUAAAAAGGUGCUCUCCUCAUUGGGAGCAUUUUAUAAAGAAGGAUGGAGAAAACAAGGCUGCAUGUAUCUAUUGUCAUACAUUAAUUGGCUGUGUAUCACUUCAAGGUACCUCCGGCAUGAAGAACCACAUAAAGCGGUGUAAGGAAUACCCCUCGAACAUUGAUCAAAAUCAGCAACUAUUGUCCCUUAGUCAACAAACUCUUGAUGGGAAUCUUGUGGAUCAAAAAAAAGGUAGACUUGAGUUGUGGAAAUUCAAUCAAGAAGAUAUAGGAAAGCUCUGGCAAAGAUGGUGAUUAUGGAUGAAAUGUCUUUUCGAAUGGUGGAGCAUGAAGGUUUUCGCAACUUUAUGAAGGUAACAUAACCCUUCUUCAUUAUUCCUUCUCGAUGGACAGUGACUAGAGAUUGUUUUAGGAUUUAUUUGGAUGAGAAAAAAAGUUUGAAAAGUUUUUUUAGCAAGUGCACUUCACGUAUAAGUCUCACCACUGAUACUUGGACUUCUUGCCAAAAUAUGAAUUACAUGUGUUUAACCGCUCACUUUAUUGACCAAAAUAGGAAAUUGCAAAAAAAAAUAAUUAAUUUUUGUAUAAUUGCUGGUCAUUCUGGUGAAACAAUUGGUAAAUCUGUCCAAAAGUGUCUACUUGAAUGGGGUAUUUCUAGAGUAAUGACUGUCACUGGAGAUAAUGCAAGUUCAAAUGAUGUUGGCAUUCAAUAUUUGAAAAGGAGGUUUGAAAGUUGGAAGACUUUAGUUUUGGGUGGUCGGUUUUUGCACAUGAGAUGUUGUGCUCGCAUAUUAAGUUUAACCAUUAAAGAAGGAUUGAAAGAAAGUGAUGUGUCAAUAAAAAGAAUUCGUUGUGCUGUUAGGUAUGUAAGAUCAUCGGAUGCUAGAUUGCAAAAGUUUAUGAGUUGUGUUAAACAAGAAAAGUUGGAGUCAAAACAUUUUCUCUGUUUAGAUGUGGAUACUAGGUGGAAUUCCACUUAUUUAAUGUUAGAAGGUGCUUUGGCAUAUCGUAGGGCUUUUAAUUUGCUUGAAUGUUCAGAUGGUGGUAAAUUUAGGUAUGAGUUACAGAAGUCAGAUGGGUUGCCUGAACCUAGUGAAUGGGAUCGUGUUGCCUCUUUUCUUCCUUAAAAUAUUCUAUGAUGCUACUCUACGAGUUUCCGGCUCGUUGUAUAUCACCUCUAAUGUGUAUUUACAAGAACUUGUUGGGAUUAGUGUGUUAAUCAAGAAAAAAGUGAUGAGUAAUGAUGUGAGGGUGAGUUUAAUGGCUAGUGGAAUGAAGAAAAAGCAUGACAAGUAUUGGGAAAAUGUUGAUAAUGUGAAUCUCUUGUUGUAUAUUGCUGUCAUUCUUGAUCCUAGGCGGAAAAUGGGAUAUACUAAAUGGGCAAUUAAUCAACUAUAUGAUUCUGAAAAAGCUAAAUACUUGUGUGAUAAAGUGAUGCAAACUUUGAAUGACAUGUAUGAACUUUAUGUUUUUGAAAACCCUCCAAAUGAGUCCAUUCCCCCUAAAACUUCUGAUUUUCCGGAGGAAGUAGAAGAUAUGGAUUCUGAUGUAGAUGUUGCGGAAUUAGAAUUUGAAAAGGAGGUGGGUUCAUGUGUUGGAGUACAGGGGAAAAAUGAGUUGGCCAAGUAUUUAGAAGAUGAUAGAGAAGUUAAUCCUGCCGGAAAAAGCUUUGAUUGUUUGGGGUGGUGGAAAAAAUAUGGUGAAAGGUACCCAACAAUAGCUCUCAUGGCUAGAGAUGUACUUGUCAUUCCUAUGUCAACAGUCGCUUCCGAAUCAGCUUUUAGCACCGGUGGUCGAGUGCUUGAUUCAUUUCGUAGCUCACUCUCAACUAAGAUGGUUGAAGCCUUGAUUUGUGCACAGGAUUGGUUACGUUUAAAUUGAAUCAGAAAUGUUACCUAUUGGUGAGGAACAUUCUCUCUUUGUUGAUGAUGAUUAGAGGCAGCAACUUAUAAUCAUGAAGGUUGGUGGUGAGUGUAUUGAAGGCCGGAAGUCAUUGAAGGCUUGGAGUAUUUGAUGAAUUAUGUUUACUAUGGACUGGUUUUGUUUCUAAAACUAUAAACUAUGGACUUUUUUUUUGUUAUGUAUUGGUUUAUUAUUGUUAACUAUGGACUUUUUUUUUGAAAAACCAGUAUGUUUGUAUCAAGUAUUUGUUCAUUUGUAA